UUACACCCUAACAGCGUUAAACCUCGCCAGCUAUGAGGAGUGUCUCUCAGUGAAGGCGAUAUCGUUUACGCAGCGUAUCCGCCAAUGUGACCUCCCAUCCACCAACACGCAGGACCCCCAGCUCCGUAUUUUCCGUCGGCUCACACGGUGGGAUAAAGCGGUCCCGCACUUUCCCAGCAAGUUUGCUCUUCCCCUUUAAGGAGUGCAGCCCUAGUGGAUUCCCUAGAAACUCCGCAGCGCAGCGAGAAGAAUGAAGCAGCCGGGUUAGGCGAGUCUAAACCGGGAUCAUGGCGGCUCCGCUCGGCCGGGACACACUACCUGAGCACUGGUCGUACGGCGUGUGCAGAGAUGGCAGGGUGUUUUUCAUCAACGACAAAACUCGCAGCACUACUUGGCUCCAUCCCCGCACGGGCGAACCUGUCAACUCGGGACACAUGAUACGGUCAGAUUUACCGCGGGGAUGGGAGGAGGGGUUCACCGACGAAGGAGCCAGCUACUUCAUAAACCACAACCAGAGGAGCACAGCGUUCAGGCAUCCGGUGACAGGACAGAUAUCUCCUGAAAACACAGACUUCAUCUUGCAGGAACAAACCAAUUCCCGCAUGUCCAAGCCGCCACCAGAGCCAGGGCCUCCCAGCAUGGUCAGCGAGUCCUCAACAGCCGUCACCUCAACCACUGUGGACACCACCUCAGGACUGAAGAGCGUGAAACCCAGUGGGAAAGUGCACAGCUUUGGGAAGAGAGAUCACGCCAUCAAGAGGAACCCCAACGUCCCUGUCGUAGUGAGAGGAUGGCUCUACAAACAGGACAGCUCGGGGAUGAGGCUGUGGAAGCGCAAGUGGUUUGUGUUGUCGGAUUACUGCCUCUUUUAUUACAAAGACAGUCGAGAGGAGACAGUUUUGGGCAGCAUUCCUCUGCCCAGCUACGUCAUCGCGCCAGUGGAGCCUGAAGACCACAUCAGUCGCAAGUACGCCUUCAAGGCCAGCCACACGGGCAUGCGCUCGUACAUUUACAGUAAGAACUCUGUGAUUGGCUCGCAGGCUGAGCACGGAGGCAUGAGGACCUACUUCUUCAGCGCAGAUACGCAGGAGGACAUGAAUGGCUGGAUCCGUGCCAUGAACCAGGCUGCACUCAUGCAGAGCCACAGCCUGAAGAGAGAAGCUCCGAAAGCUGAGCAACAGGCGGUUCCCCAAACAAAUCACUUCGGCGGCAGCAGCAAAAGCUCCUCCCAGGCUGAGGGCCUCCAUCAGGCAGUGUGGGUUGAGGUGGCAGACGGUGAGGCGGUCAGGCAGGAGAGGGAGGUGGAGGUACGUCAUGGUUACAGUAAAGAUGGCUCAGAGGCCCAAGUCAAAGCCUCCUUCCCAGAUGCGGAAGUGGACGGCCUUUCUCCGGAUUCCGGAGCCCCGUCUCGAGCCUCGUCCGCCCUGCCCACACAGAGGAACGGCCUGCAUCCCGACCAGAACGGCAAUGUGGUGUAUAAGAGGGGCCUGGUGCCCCGCACAGACACUGAGAAACAGGUGCAGAGGAAGACAGCGCUGGCUCAGGUGGAGCACUGGGUCAAAGCCCAGAAAGGAGAUCCUAAAAGCCACCCUUCCUCAGAGUACACUCUCCCCAGGCGGACGCCUCCUCUGCAGCCUAAGCUGGGUGUGAUAGAGGCCUACCAGUCAUUGCCAAAGACAGCCCGGCGUCCAUCAGGCGGCUCACCCCCGGUGACCCGCAACCUGCCCAGCGACUACAAAUAUGCCCACGACCGCCUGAGCCACUUCCGCAUGUCCACGGACGAGCGGAUGGCCACCAAGGAGGGCAUGGUGUGGCAGCUGUAUGAGUGGCAGCAGAGGCAGCAGUUCCGCCAUGGUAGUCCCACAGCACCCGUCUUCACCGGGCCAGAUUACUUGGACACAGCGGCUGCCUUCAGGGUCACCCUGGAGGUCCCCCGCUCUAUAUCUGUGCCCCCGUCCCCCUGCGACAUUCCCCCACCAGGACACCCUUCCAAGCUACUCUCACCCCGCCGUCCACACACCCCGGCCGACCGGGUGACUGUUCGCCCACUGGACGAGAUUUCGUCUGUGGUGGACGCACCUGGCCCUGGCUCUCCGAGACGGGUCGUUUCAAAGACCGCCCAGAUCGAGAGGAGAUCUAUGCCGACCAUGGGCUACAUCACACACACAGUCAGCGCACCAAGCUUACACGGAAAAACGCCGGAGGAGCUGACGCUGCUUCUCAUCCAGCUCAGGAGACACCAGGCCAAGAUGGCGAGCGUGCGCAGUGAUGCGUUCGCUCACCUGCAGAACCAGCACAACGGCCUCUCAGGCCCCAGCCUGCAGGCAGAUGACACCUACCUGCAACUGAAGAAGGAUUUGGAGUAUCUAGACCUGAAGGUGACUGGACGCGACGUUCUGAAAGACAGACCUCCGCGGCCGGUCAAAAUAGCCGAAAGCGACGUUGACGUGAAACUGAGUAGAUUAUGUGAACAAGACAAAAUCCUUCAGGAGCUGGAGGCCAGGAUACGCAUGCUCAAAGAAGACAAGGACAAGCUGGAGUCAGUUCUUGACGUGUCGCAUCAGCAGAUGGAGCAGUACCGCGAUCAGCCGUCUCACGCGGAGAAGAUCGCCUACCAGCAGAGGCUCCUGCAGGAGGACGUGGUUCACAUCCGUGCCGACAUUUCACAAGUGUCCACAGAGAUGGAGAAUGCCUGGAGUGAGUACAGCAGGCUGGAGGCGGAUGUGGAGCGGCUGCGGUCAGCUCUCCAGGAACAGAUGAAUCGCAGUAGCUUCUCACAGCAGGACAAAGCUCAACUGAGGAAGGAGCUGUGGCGGAUCGAGGACGUGAUGGCUGGUCUGAGCUCCAGCAAAGCCAACUACAAAGUGACCAUCGAUUCUGUGCGGAACCCAGGUGAGAACGGGGCCGUCCCCGCCAUCACCCCCAUGCAGUGGACUCACCACAGAGAGAGGAAACUCGUGCCUUCGGCAUUGUCUCCAUCAGUGCCUUCUCUCUCAGUGGGGGAGCUGAAAGGGGCUCAGGCCAGCCCUCACCUCAGCCCAGCGCAGUCCAGCUCACAACCUUUCCAUCUCUCGCAAGUGCUCCACAAGCCAAAAUGGGCUGAAGAAGAUGCCCCUCCCAGACCUCCUCUACCCCACCUUUACAGUCCAGACGAGCACCCCCCCGCAGUGCCGCCCCUGCCCAAAGAGGCCUCCGUCAUCCGCCACACGUCCGUCCGUGGCCUCAAGCGCCAGUCUGAUGAACGCAAGCGGGACCGAGAGACUGGCCACUUCACCAACGGGGACAACAAGGUGGAAUUGCGGACGUUUCUCAGUGAGCCUGAGCUCUUGGGAGUCGGAGGGCAAACGGGUGGUUCGGGCCAUGAUGGGGGCUACCAGACCUUACCAAGCAGAGGUCUGUCAGGCUCUUCUUCCAGGCUCAAUCAGUCUAUGAGCAUCUCAUCAUAUGUCACCCUCAGAAGAGGAGCCACCAUGUCCAGCUUAAAGGAGAGACCAAAGAGUGCCUUGGAGAGGCUGUACUCGGGCGAGCCCGUCCAUCAGCGGGGCCGCAUGAGCGCUGAGGAGCAGCUGGAGAGGAUGAAGCGCCAUCAGAAGGCUCUGGUGCGCGAGCGCAAGCGGACCCUCAGCCAGGGCGAACGGCAGACCUCUUCGUCCCGCCCCGCCUCCUCUUCCUCACGCCCCAUCUCUGCCGACCUGGGAUCAUGGAGGCGCGAGCAGGAGUUUGAUUUGCAGCUGCUGGAACGGGCCGUGCAGGGAGAGGAGAGGCCACCCGAGCACAAAGAGAGACAGCGCUCACACUCGGACGAGUGGCUCACCUUACACUCCACCCCUCUCAGAGAACUCGACCUGGAGCCCCUUGACUACCAGCUGGACCUCAGCAAAGAGCUGUCUAAGCCCCAGAAGGUGGCCAUCCCCGAACGCUAUGUGGACUUUGAACCAGAGGAGCCGCUCAGUCCUCAGGAGAUGGAAGCACGCACCCGCAAAGUAGAGCGCAUUAAGAACAUCCUGGCCAAGUCUAGUGUGCAGAACAUGCCUCCAGCUGUAGCAGUGGAUAAGCCGGUGCUUUCAGACCUGGACUCGGCUCUUCAGGAGCAGGAGAGGAUCAUCACUAUGUCAUAUGCGCUGGCCUCCGAGGCCUCUGUGAAGAGCAAGCAGGUGGCAGCUUCUCCACAGGUUAACAGUCCCACAAUGCUCCCUCCACCUCCGCCACCUCCUCCUCCUCCUCCUUCCACUGCUGCUCCAGCUGUCUCCUCCUCUCAACCACCUCCCCCUCCCGCUAAGCAAUGGAUUUCACUACACCUUUGUCUAAUCAAAGCAAACAAAACCAAAGCUGUGUCCGGUCAUUGAGGUGCUAUCACACGACGAUAACUCGCGCCCUGCGUUCUUAGCGGCAGAUGAACUUGAGUUCAGCUUCUCCAUCCUCAUCCAUUCUCUGCAUUCUAAACAAGACAUCAGCGCACUUUUGGACUGGCACUCGUAUUGGUGGACAAAGCGGACUUCACUUCAGAAAUGCGGCGGUUUUGUAGGGCUACACUGAAGCAAGUAUUUUGUAGAGGUCACAGGCCUCUUGCUGUGGAAACUGCUGUGCACAUACUAAAAUCCCAAUAUGUCUAACAGACCUAAAUGAGUGAUAGAAAACUUGUUUUAUACAUAUUAUUGCACUUUUAACAAGCACUGUAUCAUAGAGCAAAUACGAGAAAAAAAAACUCAUUUUAAAUGUGGAGGCUCUUGAGGUGAGGAUGAGUUUGAAGAGGAACUGUAGCUGAAUAUAGAGAGGUUGAAGUAUUAAACAUACCGAAGGUGAUAGAUGCAGCUGGUACGGACGUAACUGUCACAUGUUGAUUGUAUUUUUUGUUGAUGGAGAUGCUAUUCUUACACCAAAUCACAUGAAAUAUUAUUUUUGUGUAUCUAGCACUGCCAGUUUCCAGUUAGCUUGCCAAACGGGCUCUAUUUUU